AUGGCGUUCCAACUAAGUUUUAAUUCCUUGUCAUUCAUUUUGAUCUUGGUGUCAUUCGUAUUUCUCUUAUUGGCUACCAUAUCAUCACCAGUGGUGGAUGUUUUUAAACUAGGAAGUACGGAUCAAUACAACUAUGGUGUUUUUGGAUAUUGCAAGGUUAGCUCAAGCAGUUGCCCUAGUGCUACGUAUCCAUAUUCAGUUUCAGGUGUUGAUAGCACAAAGGAUUGGCUCUUUAGUUCGUCUGUGAGGGACAAAUUAGCCAAAGUGUUUAUUAUAUGUCCCAUAGCUCUUGGUUUCAACUUCCUUACUUUGGCUUUGAUAUUUAUAUCCCACUUUGUGGAUAGCUUCUUGGUGAUUGUUGCUAUCGUUUUAAAUUUCAUAAGUUUUCUUGCAACAGCGGUAGUUACCGUCAUCAUUAUCUUGGUAUUCCACCCACAUGUGGCAUGGACGGGGUGGAUUUUGGUCGGUGCAGCAGCAGCAAAUUUGUUUUCUAUGAUGUUCUUAUUCUUCACUUUGAGAAUUGCAAGUAGAGGAAGUGACAAUGAAUCCGUAGUCAGCACAACAGAUGACCUAACUGAGUUUGAUGAUAAGUUUAAAAAUAUACAAGUGAAUACUUUUCAAGCACCUAACAAGUUUGGAAGUGGUUUUGAUAAUGCAAGUUCUAUCAGCAAAGAUUACGAGUUUAAGGUCAAGCCAUCCAAUGAUCAAGUGACUAAGAUAGCAAGCAAUUCGUCCUUGUACAAUUCAAAUCCGCAACUUAUGAAAGAUCUCACAAUUAAUGAUAGACCUAUGAAUUCUUCUUAUGCUAAGGGCUCUGAAAGUUCCUCUUCAUAUUAUGAAGACGCGAAUGUUAAUCUUAAAAACGGUCCUAGUACACCAGUUGCGACAAGACAACAAAUGGCACCAAGAUUUGUGCCCAAUAUGGUAGCUCCAACUUCAAAUGAAGGACUUCUGGCCCCAAAGAACUCGAGCUUACCUUAUCCACGUAACGAUCCAGCUGGGGUGCAGCCCUAUCACGGAACAAGCAUGAGCGUGUUUGAACACCAUCCUGAAGUGGAGGGUCAUAAGCCGUUUACUGAAAUGGAUGAUGACGAAUCUCACGUUAACAACCAACCAGUUGAGCUUGAUUCUGAUGCAGAUUCUGAUUUCACGAGUGUUUCCCAAAGAGCACCAAAUCCAAGUUACAAUCCUCCACCGCAACAGUUUUACGGUGCACAAGUACCUGAAAACCCUUAUACGUAUAGACCUGGUGGUAUCCCACAGCAAUUUCAAGGACGGCCCCAGUUUGUUCCAAAUGGUCAACAGGCACCACCUCCGCAGUUUUAUCAAAACUCACCACAAUAUGCUCCACAGGCCAUACCUCAGCAACCAUCUUACUAUCCCGCUCCCCAGCGGAGACAGCCGACAGUCUCUGAUAAUGUUUUGUCUAAUAACCCUGAUUUUGCUUUAGGAGGUCCUGGUGGCAUGAGGCGAAAUAAAGGGUUUAUCCCUCCUAGUAAGAGGGCAUAUGGAAACUCACCCUCAUUAAAUCAAAAGAGCAAAGCUAGCGGUCCAUAUGGCUUCACAAAUUGA